AACAUUCAUUCAUUCCAAGGGGCAAGCAUGAUAUCCCCUAUGGAUGGUGUGGAUAAGUGAUUUUCUACCGUGAAAACUUCAAAAAGGUCGGUUUUGUGAAUGAUGAAAAAAAUUUACAAUGUUUCAAAUUUUAAAAUAAAUUAUCAUUUGGAAGUUUGAGUGUCAAUUAUGUUGUUGUUCCAAAUUGUAUGGGAUCGAUGUGUUGAUUGCUCGGCCAAAUACUUCACAUCCAUGUUCGAUGUACGAUCUAGGAUCAUAAAUAUCCACCGUUGUCUAGCAUUCACUAUAAAGGGAAUUGAUAUUGUUUAAUUUGUAACCAAAUCACAAAAAAAUUCUCAUAAUUAUUCAUUUUGAACGAGCCAAUCAUUGAUAAACUACUAAGAUAUUGUUGGUCUUAAUUAUAGCAUCGCAUGCAUGAUUCUUGUUUAAAAGUCAUUGUAUAAUAAAAUUAAAAGAAUUGUACAUAACAAAUAACAAUAAAGCAUAAUAGAAAGAAAAAAUUUAGUAGGUACCCUAAGAGUCUCUUCAUUCAAUUUAUAGACAAAGUUUCAAAAAGAUUUUUUUAGAGGGAAAUGUUGUAUAUCGAACUAAGGAAAACUUUUAUGAUAUGCAACCAUAGAACAUACUUAGAAUUUCUUGAGUGGUUGAAGAAAAGAAGUAUUGUGGUAGUGUGAAGAAUAAGGGAAUGGGGGAUUUUUAUACUUGUGAAUGGGAGCACAUGGAUCGUCGUCGAGGUCUCAAGGGAUCAACACUUCCCUGUGUGCCACCUCAAAAAUUCGCGCCUCCACGUGUGUCGCAUCAGCGAUUCGUAUCUCGUUUUCGGGAGAAUCGUUUUCCUCCGUAGCGAUGUACGCGGAUCGCUGAGUUGUCAAGCGAUCAACUGUUACCUUUCUUAUCAGUUCAGCGAUCCGUGCGAAUCGUUGUAAGUACUAGUUUACUUUGAGGGAAACAAAUUCUAUGUUGGCUCGAUGGAGUGGUGAUUAGAUCAUAUAUUUUGAGAUGUGGCCAUUAGUAUCAUAAUUCCUUUGAUUGGUUCAUUGAUAUUUGGUGAAUUACAAUUUAGUAUGUAUACUUAUAGUAUUUUAUAUUUUGGUAUCUAAAUUUUAAUAUUUAGGCAAAAAAGUAUUAUUGAAAAUUACGUUUAAGCAUCCAAAAAUUUUCAUUAAAACAUUUUAGUACUUAAACUUUUCUAAAUUACAUACUAAAAAAGUUUAGAUGUCAUUUGAAUUCAUAAAUCAGUCCACCAAUCUAUCAAUCCAUUUGAUCCUUCAAUCCAUGAAUGCAAUCCCUGUAAGUUUUAAGAAAUUGAGGGAGUGAUCAAAUAUGAGAGAGAACUUUGGGGAUGCACAAAAUUUUCCACUAGCUUUGAAGACCAAAAUUAUGCACGAGGCCGACGGAGGAGGGCGUGAAUGUGUCCCCGUUGUUCCGCGAACAAAGGAUUGGUUUCAGAGAGUUCUGAGGCAAUCUUUUCUCAUCUCAACCAACUUCAAUGGCUGCCCUCAAUUCCCGCCAUUCUUUCCCCCCUCACCAAUUCCUCAGAACUCUUCCUCCUUUAAAUCCAAUCAAUCAGAUUUGGAAGAGAAAGAAAGAAAAACAGAGUAAACUCUUGGUUGGAACAAGAAGAAUUGAAGGAGAGAGAGAAACAAUUAAAUCAAUCAACAAGAAUCAUCAAUUAGCUUAGAGCAAGAGAUGGCAGAUGACGAAGCGCAGGAGCAGGCGGACAGGGAGCGCAUCUUCAAGCGCUUCGACCUGAACGGCGACGGGAAGAUAUCGGCGACGGAGCUAGGGGAUUGCCUGAAGACGCUGGGGUCGGUGACGCCGGACGAGGUGAAGCGGAUGAUGGACGAGAUCGACACCGACGGCGACGGCUACAUCUCGUACCAGGAGUUCACCGACUUCGCCUUGGCCAACCGCGGCCUAAUCAAAGACGUCGCCAAGAUCUUCUAAAUUGCCUUUGAUUUUUUUUUUUUUUUUGUCCUCUUGCUAAACUUUUUUAUUUUGGGGUCACUUCACUUCGAUAUUCUUUUGUUUCCAUGUCCGUCUUCAUUAAUUUUCCUUGUGUUUGAAUGUUGACCCCAAUAUUUUUGUGCAACUCCGUUUUCGAUUAAGGAAUUUAAGGCUGGUGCUGAUACUUUGUUGAAUGCUGGUUGGUCGGUCGGUCCUGAGUCUUAAUUCAGGAUUCUUGAUUAUGACAGUACGUUCUUAUUUUUCUGAAUGGUUGCUUAACUGCCUCUUCAGUUAGUUAUAGGAAAUGACUGGUGGUCCGAAUCGCCGGUUAAUUCAGCCAGUGGCGGAUUCAGAAAAUUUUCACAAUUCAAAAAUUAAAUUUAAUUAUAUAAUAAAUUAAAUAAUUCGUA